ACAAAACCGUGACGCUGCCACAGCUUUGUGGUCCAGGCUGUUAAAAAGGAGGAGCGAAAUUUGACGCGCGUCUAUUUGUUGAACCGUUAUCCUCAAUGUGAAGCAGCGAGCGCUCGUGACAGCAGCGCGUCGCGCGCGGACUGCCAGUGUGGGCGUUUCAUGACGCGCGUGAAUUGCAGGUAUCACGAAAACGGCAAACGCUUUCUGUUUAUUCAGGUAAACACUAGUGAACGCUAUUGAGCGCGCUGCGGUGAGACAACUUUAUCACGUCCAACCCAUUACAACGUGUCACGGGUCUGAACAUCAACUCAUCGUGACUGGAGGAUGCACAUCACCGUGACUGCCGACAUCCUCCGGAGAUCUAAAGAGUCCUGAUCUGCUCAGCGGAGGAUCGCAACACAGGAGGAGACCGGGACGCUGCGAGAAGUUAACAUUCCCUCAUUGCACCAGCUGUCGGGAAAGAGGACCUGCGGUUAUUCAGUUCCCCUAGUGGAUCUUUGCAAAGUUCCUCCUUGCGUUUGCGUUUUCAUGACAUCUUGAAAUUUCCUGGAAUGCUGUGACAGCACGGUUGUUCUGAGUAAAGUCAGGUCACCUGUCUUUGACCUCCGGCCUGUGGGAACCUUUAGGUUGGUUAGCUUUGAAAAAAUGACCUCCACCAACUUCUGGAUAAACGCUUCAUGCUGUUAAACAACAGGAUUGAUACAAAGACGAUGUAGAAAUAUGUGUUGAAUUGAGACUCGGUGAGUGAACUUUCCAACAGCGACGUGAACAGCACUAAGACUUUGAAUCUUUUCCACUGGAUCCUGGAGGGCCCAAACUUCAUCGAGGUGUUCAUCAUGGUGAUGUCGCAGGGCACCUAUACGUUUUUGGCGUGCUUUGCCGGCUUCUGGCUGAUCUGGGCUCUCAUUGUCAUGCUCUGCUGCUUUUGCAGCUUCGCCCAGCGCAAACUGAAGCGCCGUCGUGAAGAGAUAUUAAGAGAACAGUGUCUGCGGGCUCUGGAGAUGGAGCCUUUGGACUGCGGUGGAGGGGGGUAUCCUCCGAGAGAACAGUCUCAGUUCUGCCCACCGCUUCAGAUGAUGUCCCCACAGGUGCCUGUGACCCACACCCUCCCUCAAGGAAACUGGAACAGCCCGGAAGCAGACACAGAUGUCUUCGGUAAACCCCCUUGCUACGAAGAAGCCGUACUGAUGGAGGACCCACCACCCCCUUACAGUGAAGUUCUGGCUGACCCUAGAGGUGGAACUUACACCAAACCAACAACCCGGUCCUCCAGGGUACACCAGGAGCCCGAGACCAGCAAGCUGGCUCCCAUGACUGUGUUUCCCCAUCAUGGCUACUCCUCCCUCAUACGCCUGCCGUCCACUAGACGAUGGGACUCGCUCGGACACCUCCUGUCCGCCAUGGACCUCAACCACAACAACAUGCCAGUAGAGCCUCAAGCAUCUGCUAUUUCCACGAUGCCCCGCGAGGGCCGGACUCGCACAGACUUAGGCUUGCGGGGCCUCCGAGGUUUGGAUCAACAUUAUGGUUUGCCCACGGCCUUUCCACUUUUGGGCCGAAGCACAGCAGUUUGAGACCCUGCUUGUGUCGCGAAACAGACCUUGUCGUACAAGUUUUUGAAUGUUUUGAGACUUGGGGUCCAAAUAGCGUGAGAGGAUGUUCUAUAUUGUAUUUGAGAAAGAGAGAGGUUUUGAUCCAUCAUGUUCUCUUUUUUUACUCGUCCUCUCUGUGGCAUCUCUGCCUGAUGCAGAGCAGCAGCUAUUAUGUGAACGCUGUUGCCAUGGCUCCCGGGAGUCGUCUGCAGCCCACCAACGCCUUGCCCCUCACAUCCUCACUUCUCAUCUGUGGCUCGCAGAUAUAACACAAAUGACAUUUCAAACCCUACCAAACUGGGGAUAACUUAGAGCAUAGCGAAAUAACAGCGGUCGUACUGUAGCUACCCAAUGCUGCUGAACUGUGAAAAGCAUCGUUUUAUAAACUGUGAAACAACAUGAAAACAAUCUUUCAAUGUACAUGUUUUAAAACCUGAAUUUUGUGUGAAACAAACUCUUUUCUAGACGGAUUUUAGACUGAAGCUUACCAUAACAGACUGCAAAUCCUUCCGAGCUGACCGUUCACAUUUUGCGUCUUUUGCGCGCGCAAGUUCGUUUUUUAAGCGUAAAAGCGCGGCAAGCGUUGCAGCGAGUUCAAAAUAUUACAACUUUUUAGAAUGACGCAAGCGCACUGCAGGUCAUGUGACAAGAACCAACCAAUCAGCUUCACCUCAGCCAAGAUGAGGAACAGAUGAUCACAACAUAAUCUAGUAGCAGAGUUCUUGCAAUGGAUUUUAGGUGCUGAGCAUCCAUUAUCCUUUGCCGGAACCUUCUCGUCUUCACGGCGAGCGCGGCUCAUGGUUGCUUAGCAACGGGCAGAGGCCACGAGCUCACGAGCGCUUUGAAAAAACAACGAUUUUUUGCAAAAACUUUCGUUUUUCACGCGUUUUUUUAGGUGCGAACGGGCCCUAAAAAUGACAAUAGAAAUGUGCGUAGUCCUCAAAUGAGGAAAACGUCCUAUUUCAAUUCAUGAGUCCAAUUGGGUACACAGAGAGAAACGGACUUUUAUUUUUUAUUUUUUUACUCUUUCUGAGUCACUGUAUGAAUAACAAUUUUUUUCGAUAACAUUGAACCUCUCGAAUGAAAGAGCCUUAGUUAUAAUGACCAAUGAACGGGUAUUGAGAAUGUCAUAACAUUUUCAUACUACGCAAAGUUGUCCACUUCACUCCCUGCUUGUGUUGCGGCUGUAACAUUCAGGACCUCCUCUUUGAGCAAAGCUAGCCUGCCUGUUAUUUCUCAUCUGUGUGGUGAUUGCUGCAUUGUGAAAAGCUUUUAGGUUUUUCUUUUAUUGCCAUCAUUUGCCAUUAUGUUUCCGUGCCCUUAAACAACUCUACCUCAAUCCAUCUAAUGACUGCCUUUGUCGUUUUCCCGGCGCGUAACGCGGUUUUCAUGCGUGUGCUUGAUGCUCUCGGAUGACGUUUGAUUGAAACAGGAUCCAUUUUAGAAAUGUGGAAAAGCAAUUAGUGGCCGAUGUAGAUGCGUAUUUGUGCAUCAUGCUUUUAAUGUCAUGGUGACGUCAUUGGUUCAUGGCGGACAUGAAAUGCGUACUUGUGGAGAUCACGUAAAAAAAACGAAACAAAAGCAUAACGGAGUCCCGUAUCAAUAGCAUUGAAAGCACUUAUUCUGAAUUUAUUUCUUUAUUAAAAUCCAAUGAAUACAAGUUAAUGAUAAUAAAUAAGAACAGGCCUAUUCAGUUCAUUUUGUUGGGAUUUCAAUGCAUUGUAAAAUAUGACCAUGUUAUCAAUGCUUCACAAAUAAGUGGGCUAGAACGUCCUGCGGCCAACUGUCAAUCAGUUUGCACAGGCUGAAUACAAAACUGCAAAGACAAUCAACAAAAUAACGCAUUUGUUUUUGCAAAUUUAUUGCACCUUAAUCUAACCCGUCAUUUAAAAUCGUUCUCUAAAUGUGUCCACAGCCCAAAAGUAUGCCGAGUUUAAUGGAGUUUUGUUUAUAACGUGAUUGUUUUCCCAUCUGUUUUCAUUUAUUCUGUUACAUCACAACAAGGCACAUCUCCUCCAGCAAUGUGUUGCUAAGCGACCGCAGCCGAGCGUGUGAAUGUGUUUACACAGAUGAAGUGAACAGUACCAUCGCUGCACCGGGUACACAGAAUUCUCACGUCCACGAUGAGACGUGAUUUAGCAUAUUUGAGACCUAUUGCAUAACAAAGGUGUCCUGAGGGAAACGGCGACGAAUUUCCAUAAAAGCCAUUUUGGGUAGAGCUUUGCUGUCUGCUUUUUAAAGCAUAAUGUUUUGUUUUGAGCACAUUGAAUACAUUGGUAACAAAAUCAAAUAUUUGCCCUCACCUCAGUCUUGACCUUAACUGCCUUCUACAAUUUGAAACAUGGUCAAACAAAAUUAUUUUGACAAUCUGAGCGUCACUUUAUUGUAGUAAAACAAAUGAUGACUUACAAAAAUGUAAUGUGUAGCUGUUUCCCACAUCACAGUGACUGCAGUCCAACUUAUCUUUUUUCAUAGGCUGAAUUUUCAACCAUCACACUUUCCAAAAUUGUUCCCGGUUGGGCACUUUCUUAUUUUAAUUUUAUACUUUCAGGCUCUUUUUAAGUUUGUUUACUGCUGAAAAGGAAAUGUAAGGCUAAUGUAAGGAUUGCAAAACAAUUUAAACCUCAUUUAAAAUGACUGAACACUUAAAGAGUUCCUAUAAGAAUGUAAAGCAAGCCCAGAGAGCACAGAUACACAUGUAAGAUGUCUGCUAGAGAUCUGGAAAACAUCUGCUGUAUAAAAACAUCUGAUAAACGUCUUAGAAAAGUCCGUUUUACAUCAAUUCUAAAUCAUAAACAUCUUACAGACAUCUUUAAGAUGUCUGACAGGAAACGUCUCAGAGACGUAUUGUAGAUGAGCUAACAAUAAAAAAACAUCAAAUAGACAUCUCCAAGAAGUAUGUGUGCUAUCUGAGCGUCUUUUCACCGAACAUAUGUUGAGAAAGAAGUGUUCAACUUAGCGACAAGCACUUUGUAAUCUAUUCGUGGAAAGUGCCAUCAUUAUGAGACCAUCUGCCUAAUCUGUUUUGAGUUUUUCUUUUUUGUUGUUUUGAUAUAGAGCACAACUGCCUCUAUUUAUACUUAAUUUGGUUUUGAUUGACUUUCUAGAAAUCAUAUUUUCUGUGAAUGGCAAACUGUGAAAGUGUACCAUCAUGCAAUGUUCACGUAGCAUGCCACGUGUGCUUGUGUGAAGACACACAACAACCGGAGCUGCAUAUUACUUCAUAGCUGCUAUGUAUCUCCAUACUCGUGAGGAUUUUUGGUUUGUUUAUAAAAAAAAUACACAAUACACAUAUUGAGGCAGUGAGUGCCAAUGAGCUCUUAAUAAUAAAACUGAGUUACGAAAAACUUACGACAGCGUUUUUACUUUUCUGUCUGUAACCGUUUGUGUUCGGUUUAAAAGACAAAGAGGGGUUUUUAGAAGGAUUUUAAAGUCUUUUAUUAACAUACAUAAGCACAUGGCAUGUCACAAAAUUCUUGUGCUUGUUUCAAAAACAGCGUGUGAGAAGCGGACGGAAAAGGGAAGAGAGAAAAAAUAUUAUAAAAAAAAAAACAGAGAGAGAGAACUUUCAGGAG